GGAAGUUGCUGUCUUUCUGCUCUGCACCUCCUGCAACCUGAUUUUGCUAGCACCUCUUUUCGGACACACAGAACUUGGCAAGAGGGGGGGGAAGGAUUCCUUCCGAUCUCUUAGAGGCUUCCUGAGAGCACAGAUGGAUGAACAAGAUUCAGCUGACCCUGGAGCAGGAAGAGGCCAUGGCAUUGACACUGGGAGCCAUGGGGGAUUCUGGGAAAACUCCAUACAGAAAAUCCUGGGUGAGGAGGACACCCUUCGCUCAGAUGUGCAGAGCCCGCAGUUGAGGCAGUUCUGCUCCCAGGAGGCCAAAGGACCUCGAGAGGUUUGCAGCCAACUCUACUGCUUUGACCAUCAAUGGCUGAAGCCAGAAAGGCACACGAAAGCUGAGAUGCUGGACCUGGUGAUCUUGGAGCAGUUCCUGGCUGUCCUUCCCCCGGAGAUGGAGAGCUGGGUGAGGGAAUGCGGAGCAGAGACCAGUUCCCAGGCAGUGGCCCUGGCCGAAGGUUUCCUCCUGAGUCAGGCGGAGGAGAGGAAGCAGGGAAAGGAUCUGCUUGCAGCAAUGGGCCCAGAUUACUCUGAGGAAGAGAGGACUCCGCUGGACACAAAAGAGAGGUCACUGGGUGACAGAAUGAUGCCAGCAAAACCUCCCACUCCAUCUUUUCUUGAUGGCGGAGGGGAAACAGCGACUGUGGAACCAGAUCAGAGUCUAGUGAGCUUUGAGGAUAUAGCUGUGUGUUUCACGGAGGAGGAGUGGGCGUUGCUGGAUCCUGACCAGAGAGCUCUGCAUCAGGAAGUCAUGGAGGAGAAUCGUGCGAUCAUGGCCUCUCUCGGUGAUGAAUUGGAAAUGAAGAAAAUGGGAGACCACGACAAAGUCAAAACAGAGGAGAAGCCACAUCAAUAUUCGGAAUGCAGAGAGAGCUUGAGCCAGAGCUCCAGUUCCACUUCCUAUCAAAGAAAUCACACUGGAAAGAAACGCUAUCAGUGCUUUGAAUGCGGAAAGAGUUUCGCUUGGCACGACUCUCUCAAUUUCCAUCAAAGAAUUCAUACAGGCAAGAAACCGUAUCAGUGCUUGGAAUGUGGAAAGAUCUUCAGUUACAAAAACAAUCUCGUUUCCCAUCAAAGAAUUCAUACAGGGGAGAAGCCAUAUCAGUGCUUGGAAUGUGGGAAGAGUUUCAGUUACAGAGCCAGUCUCACUUCCCAUCAAAGAAUUCAUACAGGGGAGAAACCAUACAAUUGCUUGGCAUGUGGGAAGACCUUCCGUCAUAGCUGUCAUCUCAAGUCCCAUCUCAGAAUUCAUACAGGCGAGAAACCCUAUCAGUGCAUGAAAUGUGGAAAGAGCUUCAGUAAGAGUUCUGUGCUCACUUCCCAUCAAAGAAUUCAUACAGGGGAGAAACCAUAUCAGUGCUUGGAAUGUGGAAAGAUCUUCAGUUAUAAGAACAAUCUUACUUCCCAUCAACGUAUUCAUACAGGGGAGAAGCCAUAUCAGUGCUUGGAAUGUGGAGAGAAUUUCAGUUACAGAGCCAGUCUCACUUUCCAUCAAAGAAUUCAUACAGGGGAGAAACCAUAUCAGUGCUUGGAAUGUGGGAAGAGCUUCCGUCACAGCUGCCAUCUCAAGUCCCAUCUUAGAAUUCAUACAGGGGAGAAACCAUAUGAGUGCAUGGAAUGUGGAAAGAGCUUCAGUCAGAGGUCCAACCUCACUUCCCAUCAAAGAAUUCAUACAGGGGAGAAACCAUUUCAGUGUCUGGAAUGUGGAAAGAGCUUCAGUCAGAGUUCUGCUCUCACUUCCCAUCAACGAAUUCAUACAGGGGAGAAGCCAUAUCAGUGCUUGGAAUGUGGGAAGAGCUUCAGUCAGAAGGGCAAUCUCACUUUCCAUCAAAAAAUCCACACUGGGGAGAAACCACACCAUUGCUGGGAAUGUGGAAAGAGCUUCAGUCAUAACUCCGAUCUCACUUCCCAUCAAAGAAUUCACACAGGCGAGAAACCCUACCAGUGCUUGGAAUGCGGAAAGAGUUUCAAUCGGAAAGAUUAUCUCACUUCCCAUCAAAGAAUUCACACAGGUGAGAAACCCUAUCAGUGCUUGGAAUGUGGAAAGAGCUUCAUUUACAGGGCAAGUCUCAUUCACCAUCAAAGAACUCAUAGUGGGGAGAAGCUAUAUCAGUGCUUGGAAUGUGGAAAGAGCUUCAUUCACAGGACAAGUCUCACUCCCCAUCAAAGAAUUCAUACAGGGGAGAAGCCAUAUCAGUGUUUGGAAUGUGGAAAGAGUUUCAGCUACAGAGUCAGUCUCACUUCACAUCAAAGAACUCAUAGUGGGGAGAAACCAUAUAAUUGCUUGGUGUGUGGGAAGACCUUCCGUGACAGCUGCCAUCUCACGUCCCAUCAUAGAAUUCAUACAGGGGAGAAACCAUAUCAGUGCCUGGAAUGUGGAAAGAGCUACAGGCAGAGGUCCAGUCUCAUUUCCCAUCAAAGAACUCAUAGUUGGGAGAAACCAUAUCAGUGCUUGAAAUGAGGAAAGGGCUUCAGUCCGAACUCCCCGAACUCCCUUUCAAAGAGCUAGCUGGGAGAAUUGUAGAAUCUAGUCCAGCCACUUGCAUUGCAAAAAUCUCAACUGAAACCCAUGACAGAUGACCACCUGCUUCAGAUCUUCCAAGGAAUGGAAAGGUCCACCACCUUUCUAGGGAGUCCUUUCCACAGCUGAACUGUUCCUACCAUUAGAAAGUUCUUCCUGAUGUUCAAUUGGAAUCAACUUUCUUCUAACUUGAAGCUUGCUCCAUCCUCCGUGUGAAGAUACUUGAAGAUCACAAUCCUAUCUCCUAUAAGGCAAGAAUUUUGCAGUCUAAACAUCCCCAACUCCCCCCACUGCUGCUCCUAAGUCUUGGUUUCCAGACCUUUGAUCAUCUUGGUCACCCUCCUCUGCUCCCAUUCCACCUUGUCAACAUCCUUCUCGAAUGACGGUGCCCAGAACUAGACACAAGACUCCAGGUGAGGUCUGGCCAAGGCAGAAUCAUGUGGGACUAUUACUUAAACUUAUUGGAUGCUAUACUUUUGUUGAUGCAGCCUAGCUAACAGCAACUAUCUUUUUUUUUUUUUCUUCCUGCUGCUGCUGCAUCACACUGUGGACUCAUGUUAAGCUUGUGUUCACAAGACCCCUAAAUCCUUUUCACAUGUACUGCUAGUAAGCCAGGUGUCCCCAUCCUACAUUUGUGCAUAUGGUUCAUCCUGCCUAAGUGCAAAAUUUCACAUCUGCCCCUAUUGGAAUUCAUUUCUCCCUUCUGAAAUUCAUUUGCCCAUUUGAGAUGCAUUUGCCCCAAUUCUUAGCCACAUUAAAGGAACCGGAAGGAG